CCUUUUUGAAGCAAUGCUAUUCAUAUCUAUUUUGAGAAGAUACUGACUCCCUUCACAAGCAAAAUGAAUAGUUUAUUUAAAGUCGUUGUUAUGAUUUUUGUUGUUGCUGUUCUUAGCAUAUCUUGCGAAGCUCAGCGUAGAAGCAAUAAUAUAGGUGGAUCUAACAGAGGGGGCAGAUAUCAAAAUGGUGGUAGAGGCUAUGGAAACCAAGCUGGAGGAUAUGGAGGCAACAGAAACCAAGCUGGAUAUGGAGGAUAUAGAAACCAAGCUGGUGGAUAUGGAGGCAAUAGAAAUCAAGCUAAUCAAGGAGGCAGCCAACCACAGAGUGGUGGUCAACAAGCUACCAACACAAACUACGGGUCAGGAAAUAUAAAUAACCAACAACGAAAUCAACAAUCUCAAAGUGGGAGUCAACGAAAUAGAAACGGAGGAUCUUAAUAAGAAAA